UGUGAGAGAGCAGGAAGAGGAUAUUGAUAGACAAAACACAGGCAGCCGGUGUGUUUUAUUGGACUUCUGAAAGAAACACGGACCCAUGGCUGUUAGAGGAAUGAAAUUGUCGAGUGUGUGUUUUCUACUUUUAUAUUUGAUAACGACAGUACUGGCCGGGAGGGAUUUCUACAAAAUUCUGGGGGUUAGUAGAUCAGCAUCAAUUAAAGAUAUUAAAAAAGCCUACAGAAAGUUGGCAUUGCAGCUUCAUCCAGACAGAAAUCAAGAUGACCCAAAUGCCCAAGACAAAUUUGCAGACCUUGGAGCUGCUUACGAGGUGCUCUCAGAUGAGGAGAAAAGGAAACAAUAUGACACAUAUGGAGAGGAGGGGUUAAAGGAAGGUCAUCAUAGUUCACAUGGUGACAUAUUCUCCAGUUUCUUUGGGGACUUCGGAUUCAUGUUUGGCGGAAAUAGGCAGCCAGCCAGCCGCGAUAUUCCAAGGGGUAAUGAUAUAGUACUGGAUCUUGAAGUAACCCUAGAAGAGGUGUAUUCUGGGAAUUUUGUUGAGGUGGUACGAAACAAGCCUGUAGCAAAAGAAGCACCAGGAAAAAGGAAAUGCAAUUGCCGUCAGGAAAUGAAAACCACACAACUAGGACCAGGUCGCUUCCAAAUGACACAGGAAGUUGUGUGUGAUGAAUGCCCCAAUAUUAAGCUUGUGAAUGAGGAGAGAACACUAGAGGUGGAGAUCGAGCAGGGUGUGAGAGAUGAGAUGGAAUACCCUUUCAUUGGGGAAGGUGAACCUCAUAUUGAUGGUGAGCCAGGAGAUCUGCGUUUCCGCAUCAAAGUCUUAAAACAUCCCCUGUUUGAGCGCAGAGGCGAUGACCUUUACACAAACGUCACCAUCUCUUUGGUAGAGGCUUUGGUCGGUUUUGAGAUGGACAUCACUCAUCUAGAUGGUCACAAGGUGCACAUUGUGAGGGAUAAAAUCACAAAGCCAGGAGCUCGUCUCUGGAAGAAGGGUGAGGGUCUGCCAAAUUUUGAUAACAAUAAUAUCCGUGGAUCACUCAUAGUCACCUUUGAUGUAGACUUCCCCAAAGAGCAGCUUGAUGACCAGCAGAAAGACGGUAUAAGGCAGCUUCUGAAACAGACACCAUCUCAAAAGAUUUAUAAUGGACUCCAGGGAUACUGACAAACAGCCAACUAAAUCAGGACUGAUUGCCCUGUCCCUGUCUGCCCUUUAUACACAUGCACACAUUUAAAUACACACUGAUGAAAAUGUGAUGGGGGUGUAUUUAUUUUUAUUUUUUGUUAGAUUGUUCUCAGGAUGGGUUAGCUAAAAUAUGUUUUAAUUUUUUUCAACCUUAAUUUCUGUUUUUAAAAGCAUUGUUUUCUCAUGGAAUGUUGAUGGAAAGUAUUUUUAUUAGAGUCAUUAUAUUUUUGUCCAAAUUAUUUGUUUUUCUGUAUACAGUCCCCAGUUUUAUACCUUCACUAAGCAGUUCAAUCAUUUUUUCAUCAGUUUGAGUGUAUAGACACACAUUCAAACAUCCUGCUGUGGCCAGUCAACGAUCAUCCAAUCAUGGAUCAGCAUAAUGUUUGGCACUUGUUCUGCGUCAGUUAAGAGACAUACUACAAAUACAGAAAGAGGAGAGAGACUUCAAACCAGAGGACAAAUUAAAAACCUCCUUAGCACUGUAUGUCUUCAAGGCCCUCUUUUAAGAAUGAAGCAGUUAGGGGUAAAGUAGGUCAGUGGUAAAAUACGCUGGCUACCACCCCCUGGAGUUCGCUCGUUCGAUCGAAUCCAGGGCGUGCUGAGUGACUCCAGUCAGGUCUCUUAAGCAACCAAAUUGGCCCGGUUGCUAGGGAGGGUAAAGUCACAUGGGGUAACCUCCUUGUAUAAUGUGGUUCGUUCUCGGUGGGGCGCGUGGUGAGUUGAGCGUGGUUGCCGCGGUGUAUGGCCUGAAGCCUCCAACUCGCUAUGUCUCCGUGGCAAUGUGCUCAACAAGAUGAGAUGAGCGGGCUGACGGUCUCAGACUCGAGGCAACUGGGAUUCGUCCUCCGCCACCCGGACUGAGGCGAAUCACUAGGCGACGAAGAGGACUUAAAAAAAAAAAAAAAGCACAUUGGGAAUUGGCCAUUCCAAAUUGGGAGAAAAGGGUUAAAAAAAAAAAAAAGAAUGAAGCAGUUAAAUGAAUGUAAGUGUAUUGAAAUUUCUCAACCUAGACCCUUCAGUUUUUGUGUGCUUGUUUGUUUUAAAGAAUGGAUUCAUCCACGGUUGUUGUUUUUGUAAUGAACAGCUGCAAUCCAUAUAUUUAGUAGCUUUCUGGUUACAGUUCUGUUUCCUCUGAGGCAUUUACUUGGUUUUGAAGUUCAAACAGGAGGCCUCCGCAACUGUACAGUUCAGCUUUCUUUUUUUCUUUUCUUUUUUUUUUUGUGUGAUUUUUAUUUUAUUUUUUUAUGUGACAACCUCACUUUCUUGUGGCUUUCACUACCCCUCCUGAUGUUCAGCCUACUGGGUCUUGUCCCAGUUACUCACUUUCCUUUGCUUUUUUGUGGACUGCACCAGACAAAAAGGAACAACUUCUUAGAAUCUUGUUUUUUUUGGGGGGGGGGAUCUUUUGUCAUUUUCAAUUGAAAAUUAAAAGUUUCUAGUUACGGUUCAAACAGACUUGAUAUGAAAAAAUAACAUUUGUAUAUUUUGGAAGAUUUCUUUGUUUUUUGAUAUCCAAUUUUGAAAUUGCAUGCUUAAUGUCCUUGAAAAUGUCAGUGCACCAAUCAGUCUUGGCUUUAAAGCCAACUUAAAACAAUCUGGUGAAUGCUUAAAAUCAGAUUUUUUAUUGACCUUGUUUUUGGCCUUAUCCCAAUGGAUUAUGCGAAUUUAGCAAAAACAAAUAUUAAGACACUGAUUGUUUGUAUCCUCCCUCCAUGUGUGUCAUGUUACAACAACCUUGUAUCGCAAAGACUAGACACCUCAACCAGAGAAGGCUAUUUGAGACCACUGAAAAAGGCCACCAAAUUAUAUAUAAAAAAGAGAGAACCUCCUGGAACAAA